AUGGGUCUGUCAAUCUCAAAGCUGCUCUCGGACCUUUUCGGCAAGAAGGAGAUGCGCAUCCUCAUGGUUGGCUUGGACGCCGCCGGUAAAACCACCAUCCUCUACAAGCUCAAGCUCGGAGAGAUCGUUACCACCAUCCCCACCAUCGGCUUCAACGUCGAAACGGUCGAGUACAAGAACAUUUCCUUCACCGUCUGGGAUGUCGGCGGACAGGACAAGAUUCGUCCCUUGUGGCGCCAUUACUUCCAAAACACUCAGGGCAUCAUUUUCGUUGUUGACUCGAACGAUCGCGACCGUAUUAACGAGGCCCGCGAUGAACUUUUGCGUAUGUUGGGUGAGGACGAGCUCCGUGAUGCACUCCUCCUCGUUUUCGCUAACAAGCAGGAUCUUCCCAACGCCAUGAACGCUGCUGAGAUUACUGACAAGCUCGGACUCCAUUCUCUCCGCCAACGCCAGUGGUACAUCCAGGCUACCUGCGCCACCUCUGGAGAUGGUCUCUAUGAGGGUUUGGAGUGGUUGUCCAACAACUUGAAGCGCAAGGCUUAA